AUGUCCGAUCAGAUUCAGGAGCUUGUCGAGACCCCCAGCCAGUUUUUGAAGGAUGGCGUCCAAUUCAUGAACAAGUGCCAGAAGCCCGACAAGAAGGAGUUUGCCAAGAUCUGCCAGGCCGUUGGCACCGGUUUCGUGAUUAUGGGUGUUGUAGGAUAUGUUGUCAAGCUGAUCCACAUCCCCAUCAACCAGAUCCUCGUGGGUGGCGCAUAA